UGCAUUUCCCGGCAUUCCAUCCCCAUCAAGAUCCCCACCCCCCACUCAAAACCAGCUCUGAGACCUUCCACGCACCUCUACGCAAAACCCAAAUCUUCCCCUAAGUCUCCCAAUUUCAAGGGAUCAUCUCUCUGAUUCGCAGCAACUGGAGAUGGAAGUGGCGGUGCAAGCAAAUCGUCCUCAUGCGCCCAUGUCGUUCGAUGACAUUUCCAUGGAGCGGAGCAAGAGCUUCGUCAAAGCGUUACAGGAACUUAAGAACUUGAGGCCUCAACUUUAUUCUGCUGCUGAUUAUUGUGAGAAGUCUUAUCUUCAAAGUGAGCAGAAACAGAUGGUUCUAGAGAACCUGAAGGAUUACGCUGUAAGGGCACUUGUAAAUGCUGUUGAUCACCUCGGAACUGUUUCUUACAAAUUGACUGACCUUGUUGGCCAGCAAAGUUCAGACCUUUCAGCCACAGAGCUAAAGAUCUUUUGUUUAAAGCAGCGGCUUUUAUCUUGCCAAACAUACUCCGACAGAGAAGGUCUCAGACAGCAGCAGCUAUUAGCUAUUAUCCCUAGACAUCACAAACAUUAUACUUUACCAAAUAUUAUCAACAAGAAGGUUCACUUUGGUCCCCAUAAUAAUGGGCAACAUCUACAUUCCAGAAACCGCCUUUAUGCUUCAGGCAAUCCCACAGCUAAAACUCUCUCUUGGCAUCUAGCAUCAGAGACCACAUCAACUUUGAAAGAGGAUUCAUGUGGUUUUGCAGGCAGUAAUGCGGUAAAAAGCUCAGGGAAAACAGCUGGUACAUUCAAUUUGUUAGAUCCUGAAUUUAGCAGUAGGACAAAAGCUGCAACAGCUCAGCCUAAGCCCUCAAGCAUGGGUCCUCCUCCAUCUAGUAUUGCAACACAGACAUUGAGCAUCGUGCAACGGGAUACACUGGAGGGCUCUAAACCAAUGACUCCAUAUAGAUCAGUUGAUAAUCAACGACGGGUGACUGUAUAUGCACCUGCUCGCAGCAAGAGUUUGCUUUCAGCUUUCUUUGUCAAAUACAAGUUACAGAAACUCCAAAAGUGAAGAUGUGAAAUAACAAAGCCUUGUUCAUCAGGAUCCUUCAAGCUUCUUCCAAAUCAUAGUAUCAUACACACCAACCGAUCUGUAUUGCACCAGUUAUCUUCCAAUGCAGUUUUUUAUUUUUAUUUUAUAUACAUACAGAAUAAUGGGCAGUAGUUAGUUUUCACUUCAUUUUACCAUGUACAGUACCAUGACUGGACAAGUCAUUUCUAUCAAGGAAGCAUCAAGCCUGUAACUGGGUUUAAUCCAUGGAUGAGCUCUACCAUGUCUUAAUUUACAAAGUUUUGUUAACUGCUUAUGCACACUUGUAAAAGUUAGUCCUCGGCAUACAGAAUAAA